ACCUACCGUGACACCUUCACGCGAAGCACUCACUCUCUCGGUCUCUGUACAAAACUGUGCCCUUGUGCCGGACACGCUCGAGGGUUCCUCGCUCACUGCGCCGGCACAUCUUUUCACUUCUAUUGGGUCCCGUCUCCACACCAGCACCAGCUCUCUCAAUCUCGCGUCACCUGAUCCUAACUCUGUCCAUUCAUCAACGCGGCCGCACUCGUCCAUACCACAUCCUCGCGUCGAUACCAACCAUGGCUGCCUGUGACUUGCACUACACCCAACACUUUUGAGCAUCGGUUUGACGCAGCAAGAGAACGGGGUGGGAUAGAGCGGAGAUUCGGUUGGAGGAUAUCAGUCGGAGGUCGAGCAGCCAUCCAAUGCUCUAUGCGCGCUCCCUCAACUCACCGGCAACCAUGAUCAUCAAUCUUAUCAUCAAGACACUCGUUUGUUCGACACUUCUAGCUAUCCUACUCUUACCACCAAUAUAUACUCGAGUACAAGGUUGUAAAUCCUGCAAUAAACAUCUAGUCAACGGCAUAAUCCCAAAUCCUGUUAUUGCGCAAGUGUUUUCGAAUUGUGUCUUCAGACACACAGGCGUGUUUGCUUCCCGGUACAUCAGGGUGAGCAGGAACGCAGUUGCAGCGCUGUCAAUUCGCGACUCUGGCACAGAUCAACCGUUUAGGGCACAUCUGAGCCAUACAUCGCACGCAUGGCUUUCUUGACCGACCUCCGCUUGGGCCUGCAAUGGCAUUCCCCGACACAAGCUCAAAUCCACUCUUGCCAAGUAUCAUCUGCGGUGGCAACGGUGGGACCAGCUCGGAUGCAACAGCAGCCAGGCCAGGACCUGUAGGCUUGUUGACCCGGACAUCCAUGGAUUUGCGCGAGGGGAACUGGGAGGUCGAGGAACAUCGUGAGCGGGGUUGGAUCGUUUGACCACCACUCUCCUCGUGACAACCUCAAUUGACUUCUGAGGCCGUCCCGAUCCUGCCCUGUUUCCACCCCAUGACUUCCUCACAACUGUACCGCGCUUUGACAGUUUGUAUCCUUCCGCCAGGUCCGGGGGCGGGGGCGGGGGCGGGGGCGGGGGCGGCUCAUUCAUUGGUGCAAGUUGUUGGCGUUAGGUGAUUCGCGCGGGGUUCUAUCAGCGCACAAGUAGUGGUGGG